UUCUUCCUCUUAUGAACCUGGAAAGAUGAUACUGAUAAAGUUCUUGUUUAUUACAGCUAUUUUGUAUUUAGGGCCUGUAGUUGGACAGCAGGAAUGUGUAAAAAAGUUCAUGGACCUUUCACUUGUGAAAUACAGAGCACAGAAUAUAGGAACAGAGAGUAUGACUGGACAGUUUAUGGCCAGUUAUACUUUAAGAGUCCUUUGGGAGUAUCAGUUCAAUUGUUCCUGUGUUAACAUAACCAGCCUCAUACUUGGAAUUAACAUAAGAAGAGUUACUGAUUCUCGAAGACUAUUUCCUAGUGUUCAGGUCUUCACACCUAAAGGCAGUCAAUAUAACCUAGUAACUGGCAGUGAGAGAAUUAUAUAUUAUACCACCUCUAAUGUCAGUACCAAUGGAAUGAUUGAAUAUCCACUUGAUCCUCCUAUAAAAGUAACAAAUGGAGAUGUGUUAGCUAUAUCACAACCAUUCAAGAAGGCCAGUGUUGUGAGGGUCUACUACAUCAAUGGAAUCAAUUUCAGCAGUAGUAUGGAGUAUCAUAUUGGAUCUAAAAAUAUUGACACAAGUAACUUUUUAGUAUCUAAUGAGUUAAUAUUAGUGUAUCCAGUAACAAGUGGAUACUGCGUUAAUAGUACAAAUUCUAUUACUGCUGAAUUUGUUAAAAAGAAAGCUCUUGAAAUACAAAGAUCACAACCUUUUUAUUACUUAAGUCAAUAUAUUUAUCCACAGAUUGUAUUUUCAUGUAAUGGAUCAGUUACAAAGUGGAUAUUUGGAGCUUACAGUAUGGGAAGUUUAAGCCGACCCGAACUACAAAUAUGGCGUCAAUUAGGUCCUAACAAUUAUAAUAAAAUAGGAUCAAGUUUGAUUAAUGCUACGAAAAUGAUUGGUUCUAAUCUUUAUGAGUUCAUUCCAGAGGUGCCACUGCAGUUCCAGGAAGGAGAUAUGUUUGGUGUCUACAGUAAUAAUAUGGUUAAUGGUGAUAGCUUAAUUUUGUAUGAACAAAGAGAGAGUGGGCCAAUGAACCUACGAAUUGGUCCUAGGCUUGUUUCUCCUUUAUCAACUAUCUCAUUUCUAAAGCUUUAUCAAUUUACUAAUGAUUAUCCAUUAGUUACUGUGGAGAUAAGUCAGUCUACAGAUCUAGAAGAGAGCUCAACCACUGAAUACUCUGGAUCCCCAUAUCCUUCUCAAUUGAUAUCAAAACCUUCCCAAAGCCUAUCUGUAUCUGCAAAAUGGCUAAUUGGAGGAAUUAUAGGAGCAAUUACAAUUAUAAGUCUUGCCUCUAUCCUAGUGCUAGCAUGCAUUAUAGUUUUUAUAAAGAAAAGAGUAAAUCUACACAACAGUACUGAUUAUUCUAUCAUUGACACCAGAAAAGAUGAUACCAAGAAGGAUGAUACCAAGCAGGAUGAUACUCUAAUUAUGAAUGAUAUGACUAGUGUUACUCCUAUGCAGGAUAAUUCAGCUUAUGGGUCUACUCAUGACGCAGCAGUUAAUGAGAAUCCAGCAUAUGAUAGCUACAGCGAUGGCACUUACUUGUACAUGAGUAAUAACUUGUAUGCCACAGUUGAUGAAGUGAAGCAAGAUCAGGAUGAUGAUCAGUACAUAUAAGGGUCAUUAGGAUCGACCUCAUUUUUACUUAUUAUACUAAAAGUAGAUAGCACCAUUAUUAGUGUCAUCAAUAUACUAUACGUCUAUUAUCAUUUAUGCCAAUUUUUUGAUAGUCAACCUUAAACUUUGAAAUUAGAUAUUCUUUGUAAAUAA